AUGCUGUUGCCCCCCAGGCUGAGGAAGGGGGGCAGCAGGUCGGUCAUCACCUCUCUCACUACUAUCACAGAGGAAGACGAGGAGCAGCGGAGCCGGCGCAAGAAACGCAGGAAAAGAGAGUCUGACCCCCAUCUCCGAUACGACGUGAAGAAGCCCGUUAGCAGGCCCGACUCGACAACCUCUGGAAACAGCACGUACAUCAUAUCCAGCUCUCCAGAUGUACACAAUGCAGGAAGAUCAGAGCCGCUGGUGCUCAAACUGGAUGAGAGACAGAGACUGGCUCGAGAGAGGAGGGAGGAGAGACAGAAGCAGAGCGCUGUACGAGAGGCUCAGCUGAUGGAGCGUGAUGAGAGGGCCAGGCUGUUCUAUGAGAAGCAACUGGAGGACAAAAGGAGGCGUCUGGAGGAGCAGAGGCUUAAGGAGGACAGGAGGCGCGCGGCCGUGGAGGAGAAGCGACGUCAGAAGCUAGAGGAGGAAAAGGCUCGGUACGAGGCGGUGGUGAGAAGGACUCAGGAGAAGAGUCAGCGAGUCAGACCGAAGCAGAACCGCUGGAGCUGGGGAGGAACCCUGACCUCCAGCACCUCACACAAUAGCGAUGCUAAUAGAAAGUCCGUCUCCACCAUAAAUCUGUCAAAGCACAUAGACCCGGUCAUAAACAAACGUCUGUCUUCAUCUUCUGCUACACUGUUAAACACGCCAGACCGAGGCUUACAGAAGCAGACGUCCCUCUCCUCUUCUUGCUUAGUAAAUAAAGCUCGAGCAUCCAGAGAGAAGAUCCAUCAGGACAGACCUGCAGGUAUGCGACGUUUGCCUCUAACUCUAUGGGAGAGCAACAUGGUCAGUCGCUUACAGACACCAACGCACUCGUACCUGGCCAGAAGCCGAAGUGCUGUAUCUUUGUCUGGAGACGCAGUGACCCUCGUUUGUCCUCGCUCAGCCUCCUGUCACCACACCUGCUCCCUGGCCUUCAGGCCCCUGCAGUCACGCAGUAGCGAGCGACCGGUCAGAGCCGGCCUCAGUCUCGAGCGAGCGACCAAAGCCGGGACGGAGACCAACCCGGGCAGGAGGUCCAUCCCUAAUGUGCUGCCUGAUAGGAAGGAUAAGGACUACAUGCGCAAGUCCUGGACCAAUCUGUCCUGUCCUACACCAACGCUGAGCCUCACCACCAUCAAAAGAGCGCCCUCUCCUGGCAGUCAGCGUGCUAAAGUCAGCCAGGCAUCAUCUGCCAGGAGUUCCACUAAACCACCUCAAAAGUCCCCUGCAUCCAAAAGAUCUAGGUCUCCUCCUCCAUCUUCCAUGCCCUUAUCUCCUAGCAACCCUUCCCUGUUGCCUGGGAACCUGCGACCCAGCCCGAGAGUGAGUCCGGAGGUUGAGAAGAACCUGAAGCAGGAGGAGGAGGCCAAGAGAGAUAACGCGGAGGAUGACAGGGCAGAGGGUGAGGAAGCAAAGCAGGUGCAAAGUCCUGCAAAAGCAGCAGCUGAAAUCUCCACGAAUAAAGCUGAGUCCAAUGGUGUAGAGCGUGUGGCGAGUCCACCGGCAGUCAGAUCCAGCACAGGAACUACAGACCCAGAGGAGGCGUCUCGACUGCUGGCUGAGAAACGACGCCAGGCCAGAGAGCAGAGAGACAAAGAGGAGGAGGAGAAGAGGCAGCGGGAGGAGGCCGAGAGACGACACAGAGAGGAGAUGGCACGGAGGAUAGCUGAGGAGAGAGCGAAAAGAGAAGAGGAGGCCCGGCGUCUGGCCGAAGAGAAAAAACUCAAGGAGGAAGAAGAGAGACGCUCAGAAGAGGAGAGACUGCAGAGAGAGAGACAAGAAGAAGCAGAACGCCUGCAGAGACAGAAAGAGGAAGAGGAGGCUCGUCAGCGCGAAGAGGCAGAGCGAUUGCGUCAGGAGAGAGAUAAACACUUCCAGAAAGAGGAGGCGGAGCGACUUGAAAGGAAAAAGCGUCUUGAAGAGAUCAUGAAACGCACAAGGCGCUCAGAUCAGAGCUCCGGUCAGGCGCAGAGCAAAGGAGGUGCGAGUCAGCCGGACUCUGAGCACACGGUGAAUGUGGCCCCUGUGAUUCCCUCCAUUACUGUAUCAGCUCCGCAAAUCUCUCUCCCCACAGAGCACAGUGACAGUAACGGACACACAAACCCUGACCUCGACUUGCACACACUGGACCCCAUUGACCACGAAGCAAGCACCGAAGCCCAGUUCCAAGAAAACGGCAUCAUCAUGGAGACCCCACUCUUCGAGGAGGUGAUCGAGGUGCCCAUGGUGACCAAGCUGUCCCGUCAGGAGGGCGACGGAGAGGAAGCGGACGAGAGGAGGAAAACUCCGCUGCUGGCCUUCAGUGAGAACGGAAGCACACACGACCUGAGCACAUGGGACGAAGUCCAGCUCCAAACAAGUGAUGCCUAAAACUUUCAGAGAGCAUGAUGGGAAAUAAGUGCGACUGAUACCUACUAGGUUUUUCACCCUUUUCCACAUAGACACCUGGUUAAGGAGAAACUCCCUACUGUAUAACACACUCUUUUAAAGUUUGGACGGCUCUCUAAACACUCAUCCCUAUGCUUCCUCCAAUGCAGACCCUUCCUUCUGAGCCCCUCCGCAUCCUCUUUUACACUACAAAAGUUGUGUGUUCCAGGAAUCUUAGCACGGAUGUAGAGAAGCAGUGGAUUCAAAUCAGCUGUAAAGUCAGAUCUAAUACUUGAAGUUUUUGGGGUUUCGGUCGAGGUCAAAUUCAGUGAAGUGAUUUACAACAAUGAGGGCAUUGUUUUUGACCAAUGCCUUUUGGAAUGUUUAGAAAAAGGUGUGUAAAUCAGAAAUGCACUGAACGCAUUACGACUUUUACAAGAAUGAAGAAGAAAGUAUGAAGAAAUUGUAUUUUCCUACUUCUUUAUAAAGCUUUAAUAUACAUUCGCUCUAUUUAGACAGUGUUGCACUGGGGGUCUUAAUAGAGAUGCGGCAUAAUAAAAAAAAAAUGUGUAAAAAUUCUUGCCCGAAAUAUGGCACAUUUUUCUUUUCUUUCUUCUUCUUCUUCUUUUUUUUUUUUACAUACCACCUUUUCUGAAAAAUGUAAAAUAAAGAAACUUUUGUCCAAGGUAGGUAUGUUUCAUCAAGAAUAUUUGUUUACCCUGUAAUAGCGUUAUAUUAAUUUAUGUUCUCAGCAUAGAGUUUUGAACUGAUAUUCUAUUGAAUGCACAAAUUAUUGUUGUUAUUAUUAUUAUUAUUAUUAUUAUUAUUAUUAUUAUUAAGAUGCUCCAAAAACUGACAAAAAACAUGUUUUGAUUGAAUUGGUUGCACUUUUUUUUGUAAGGAAAUAGACAUGUACCUUAUUAUUUUUCCCUUAUAAGAUAAAAAUCUUUUUUUCCUAAUUCUUUGACUUCAGUUUUCAGAUCAAAAAUGUAUUUUUUUCCACCUCUGAGUGAAACCCUAAUCCAAAGCUCUCACCGCUUAAAAAAACAAAACAAAAAAAACAACAACUCAUCUACAGUCUAAUGUUUGGAGAGGGUUUCAGUUUCACUCAGGAGCAGAAACAGUAAAGAAGAGCGCAGGACGACACCUUAAUAAUGAAUGAAAUAAUAAUAAAAAUAAUAACAAAUAAAAUGAAGAAAGUUGAAACGCUGCUAUGUGUAACUUCCCUAUGCCUUAUCAGAUCAGGAGACGUGUGUUUGGGGUUCAGGGGCUGAUGAUCACCCUCAUCAUUACAUUUCAUUUCACAUUAAACAGCCAGUUUCAGAACUCUGAGACUUCAUCUUGAUUUGCUCAGUCUGUAUAACUGCACAAAAACUGCUGGAUUACAGUCCAGGUUCGCUUAAGCUCGGAGUGUUUGAUGGUGUAUUCUGAUGCUGUUGUAAUGUAAUGCAAAACUAUUACAGAGCUAAGCUACUGUAAAAUGUGUUCGUUGAAAACGUAAUGUAAAUCUAAAUUUGUGUGUACAGUCACUACAGAUAUAACUAUAUUGUACAAAGACAAGACAAGCAUGACACUAUCUGAUGUAAAACUCUCUAACUUGGCAUCUGUACCAGCUGGAGGAGAGAACUUCUCGUAUCUCAGACUCAUCAGUAACGCUCAGUUCUAGUUUGGUAGAGUUUCCAAACUCUGCUCGUGCUUACAGUAGAUUUUUUUUCUGUCUUUAUCCAUGCUUGUUUUUCAUCUCUUUACAAAUUCUUUGUUCUCAUUUACAUCUCAAUCAGUGACAUCUGUAUAGCAUGUAAAAAAACAAAACAUAUAUUAAAAUCAAUAAAUAAUUUCGUUUGAACAAAA